GCCAGAUAGGCUCCGUUACGGAAUACCGCCGCUUAACGAUAACAAUGAUGCAUAACAAUAUAACCUUAGUAAGUUAGUACGAAGGACCGUAAGUUAGUACUGUUUGCGAAAAAACUACGGGCGUGACAGAAUUACAUAAUUUUGUGCCACUGCCCCUCCAAACGUCACCAGAAUUUCAUCCCAUGUCAAUUGUCACAGGCGGGGGGCCAUAAUUCACAUCUGCAUGUGUUCUAUCCUCUAAUCACGCCCAAUCUCGUCGGUAUAGUACAGUCGCCUGUUGCGGAACUGUACUCAACACUCCUCGAGAACUCUCUCCGGUUUCUGCGUCGUGUCUUGUUUCCUGUACCAAACCCUGUAACUUACACACCCCCAUCAAACAUGGUACGCCACAAGAAAGACUUCAAGGGCUCAGGCCGAGGCGGCAAAGGCCAUGGACCACCGCGACGAGUCCCCCGAGGCGAUGACGACGAAGACGGCACGAGCAACAGCCGGCCCUCCUUCAAGGCCGCCUGCUGGGACCUGAACCACUGCGACCCGAAGCGGUGCUCGGGCAAGAAGCUGAUCAAGCUGGGCAUGAUGCGCGACCUGCACAUCGGCCAGCGGCACAACGGCGUUAUCAUCACCCCCAACGGCAAGCACACCGUGAGCCCCGCCGACCGCGAAAUGAUCGAGCAGUACGGCGCCGCCGUCGUCGAGUGCUCCUGGGCCCGCACCAAGGAGAUCAACUGGUCCAAGGUCGGCGGCAAGUGCGAGAGGCUGCUUCCCUACCUCGUUGCCGCCAACACCGUCAACUACGGCAAGCCCUGGAGGCUGAACUGCGUCGAGGCCCUCGCCGCCGCCUUUGCCAUCUGUGGCCAUCUCGAGUGGGCCGAGGAGAUCCUUGCGCCGUUCAGCUACGGGCAGUCGUUCCUGGAUAUAAACUCGAGCAUUCUCAAAAAGUACGCCGCGUGCGCCGACGAGGAAGGAGUCAAGAAGACCGAGGCCGAAUGGAUGGAGCGGCUGGAGAGGGAGUAUACAGAGAGCAGGCUAGAAGGUGACGAGGAUGACCUCUGGAAGGGCGGAAAUUCCAAUCACAGGGUAGCCCUACCAUCGGACGACGAAGAUGACGAAGACGACGACGAGAAUGAUGACGACGAAGACAGGGAAAACUCAGACGGCAAUGAUAGCGUCGAUGGCAUAUAUCUCGGCAAAAAGCCUCAACCGCAAUGGCCAAAACCAGGAGAAGCUGCAGGUGGCGAAACGGACAAAAAGGAUAAGGACCCCUUCGAUAUAUCGGACGAUUGCGAAGACGAUGCGGAGAUGGAAGAGAUCCGGCGCAAGGUCUUGGCCGCCAAGCCUUUUUCCGACCCAGAUCAUUACGCGAGCACCAGGAAACAGCCCGAGACGAUAUCGCGGCCACGAAAUGAUAAAUACAAGGUCGACUCCGACGCAGAACCCGACUCGGACAACGGUGAGGAUGAUGAUGAGUUCGAUAGUAUCAUUGAUGCCGUACCAGUCACCGACAGGGUAGGCCUCUCGAAGCUGGAGAAAGAGAGAUCCAAGGCACAUACCACUAGCCACACUUUCAUGUCAGCAAACGUGUCGGCACCUAAACGUUCGUAGCAUAUAUGAAUGCAAAUAACGACUGUGGGCUGAGUUUCACGACAUGUCUCGAAUUGCCCAAAUUCCAA